GAUAUGCGCCCUUGCGGGUCUUUCAGUAAUAAAUUUUUCACUGCUCUUUUUCUCUUGGCAAUUGCUAUCUUUGUGCGUCAGUUCAAAUGGCGCAACAUUUCAGGAGAUAUUCGACGAGUCAUAAAGUUCCUCUCUCGGCUGGAAUUAUCUUAUCGUCCCCUGCCUCAAAAAAUGCCUGGCCCCAGAGUCAUUGUAGGGUUUGGUGGUUGCGUUGACUUGCGAAUUCGUGCAAUUCCGUUGCUGUCAAGUUUAGGCUGGCAUCCACCGAACGCAACCAUGGAGCAGUUACGUGGUUAUACUCACACAGAUGCACUUGAUUCGACUGAAACUGUGCUCAUGAGCUUCGCUAGUGCUUUCAUUUCCGGUGCAGCGGUCGAGAGGGUACUUCUGAAUGAUGCGCUUUUCGAUCAGCUGUUGCAUGCGGCUACAAAUAUCCUUCCUGAGGAAUUGCGAAACGAUUUCCACGCUCCUCUGUCGCCAGAUCCGUGCCCGGAACGCCCGCAUGCCACUGCUUCGGGUUCGUUCAGUUUGGGUGGAAACGCGCUUGUGAUGGCCGUGCGAUUGGCGCGUGAAGGUGCCGAUGUUGCACUCGCAGCUCGGCUUUCUCCUCGGAUGAGGGCCAGUUUACCACCAGAGAUUCGUAUCUUGGAGGCACCUGCGAACUUUGGACUACAUUCCGUUCCAAAAGAAGACGUCCAUCUCAUUCUGGAAUACGAUGCUGGCGAAUCUUGGGACGGGUUAAUAGCACCACGGGCCAAUCGUUACAUCCUCGUGCGCGACGAAGAAAAUCCUCGUCUAAGUGGCUUAUGGCCAGAUCUCUUGGACGUUUGGCGAGACUCUGUGCUUCAUACUCCUUCGCACGGUAAACCUCGUCGAUCUCCAACCAGGGACAUAUUUCCUGAUCUUGUGGUUGUUGGUGGCCUUCAAGUUAUGGAUCAGUUGAAUUCUGCCCACGCUCCAGCAACUCUCUCCCCACCUCUUUUCAUCUCGAAUUCUCCAGGUCUGAAUGAACAAGAGCUUCCCAAUUUGGCAAGCCUGGUGUCCAACGGCACCGUGACCUCGAUCAGCUCAGCUUACCCUCGUGCUGCGCACAUGAUCGACGCGGUCCGCACUGUGUGGGCUUCACUGACCGACCGCAACUUGCCACGAGUUAACUCCGCCGUUGGCGCUCGGUGGCGUCGCCUGUCGCGUAUCCAUCUGCACACUAUUGCCCACCAGUUUCUCAUUGUGCGUCGACCCGCUCAUGGCGGCGAAUCAGCGAGGAGGUAUCUGGACUCUGUUCGUAAUGCUGGUGGUCUACCCGCCCGAGUGACCGACGUCGGACUAGCUUGGCCUUUUACUCGCGCAGCGGUCGCAAAGGCCAGUCUCAUUGCGAAUCGGUACACUUGCGGUUCUUCCACGAUCGACCCGAAAAAAACGGUUCUACUCGUGGACGACUCUUUCGCGGUCACAGCAGAUCCAGAUAAAUGGGGUCCGUCAAUCAGUCAUCUGAGCAAACCUUCUGAAGGCGAUAUUCCUCGUAUCCAUUUCAAUGCGACUGAUCCGGUCACUUGUUGGACAGAACCGGAGCCAACUCUGCCCGGACACAGUGAUCAGCGUCAUCCGGACGAAGUCGGUCUAAGUGACUUCGCCACACACGUCGAGAUUUGUGUAUCCCCAGUGCUGGUAUGUUCCAAGGUAAUUCGAACAGUCGGUGCUGGUGACAACAUAUCGGCGGGUGCUCUACGUGUACAACUGAAAUCGCGCGCGCAAGGGUAAACUUGCCAUUCAAAAUCUCGUGCUUCUCAUAUUCCUCGUCGCCUCUGCCGCCGUUGUUACUGAUUUUAACGGCGUGAAAGUGGUUUUAUAAUUAUUAUGAUAUCUAACGCUCAGAAGUUCACAGAUUUUUCAUUCCCUUUUUGCUGAACUUAUUCGUAUGCUGUGUGCAUCGAGGGAUGUCCCACCGAUAUACCUGCUCACAUUAGCACUCGAACUUUAUCGGCGGACGUCAUCCACAGCACUCCUUCAUUAUUUGGUGCUUGUGUUUUACCAGAUUUUCUCGAUCUCCCUUCAAGCUGGUUGCUUCAUUCGCAAUUCGAACUCACUUUACAUGUUUGUUUCCAGAGCAGUUAUUGUGUUCAUACCACUCCCCUAUCUAAAGCGGAAGAAAGAUUCGUCAAUUGUCCCAUAAUUUGUCCUUCCUCCACGAAGUUUUAGUUGUUCUCUUUUGUUUCGGCAUCAAAACGUUCCUUAUUCUGCUUAAUGUGCCGAAAAUUUGCUCCCUUCUACCUGUUUUCUCCUCACUGUUAUUCAGAAUUACGCUUUACAUGACACUUUCUUGGCCCUUGCAACUGCGAAAAUGAUUUCUAAACCGAUAUUUUCUUAUUCUGUCUUUAAAUAGGAAACAAGGUUGACAGUUGAAUUCUUUUGUUUCUCCUAGUUAGUCUUUACCAAAGCAUUCAUGCGAAACAUGUGGCGGUCAAGCUCACUAUUGCUUUUUCAUACACUAUUCCGAACAAAUGCCAGACUGCGAUCAAACGCUCCUUAUUUAUUAACUGUACGAUCAUUUCAGUUACACUGAAUUUCAAUUUGUUUUCCGUCAUGGUGUGUUGAUUCCAUUUUUGCAGCACUGUUUUUUUGAUCUCUGCUGUUCGUUUCAAUUCACUACUUUCAUGCCCAGAAAAGCUGCACCUCGUUCGCACUGUGUCGGACCAAUUUUGAUCUUAUCAUACAUCAUCGUCAACAGCAGUACAUGUGUCAUUUUUACUGGUACUGGUGCUUCGCUGCCGUACAACAAUAGCGACCUACGAAA